AUGGAAUUCAAUAGAGGCUUGGAAGCUACCAAACAUGACGGGACCCGCCAACAACCCCGCACCGGGAUUGGCCGUCAAACUCCAACCUCAUCUUCAUCCCACAACAGCCUUCACUCCAAAGCCAUGGCAACUCAGUCAAACCCCGUAUCACAAGGAACAUUCACAAUCCACUAUUUUGCGACGGCAUCUCAAUUCACAACAAAAAACACCGAGAGUCUACCCGCCCCACUUCCACUGGCACAACUCUCUCCUCUACUAGAAGAGCGAUACCCUGGUAUCAGGGAAAAGAUUCUCGUCAGCUGUGGUGUCAGUCUUGAUGGAGAAUAUGUGGACGUUGAGGAAGAUGCGCAGGCAAUCAUUCAAGCUGGAGCGGAGGUUGCGAUCAUUCCGCCUGUCAGUUCGGGGUAG